GGUGGCAGGAGGGGUGUCUGAGUGUCCCUCCUGUCCCCCCGCAGGUGACGCUGCCGCGGCCGACGUUCCCGGUGCCGAUCCCGGAGGAUGAACAAGCCCACGGACCUGCAGCACGACCUGGAACGCAGCCUGCCAGCCAUCGCCUCCAUCAGCUCCUCCCUCUCCCAGAGCCAGGGCUUCUCCCCCUACUUCUUGUCCCCGGAGAAGAGGAAGGUCAUCUCGGAUGUGAGGAGGACCUUCUGCCUCUUCGUCACCUUCGACCUGCUCUUCAUCUCCCUGCUCUGGAUCAUCGAGCUCAAUACCAAGGAUGGCAUCCAGAAGAACCUGAAGGAUGAAAUCAUCGAUUACAAGUUCAAGAGCUCUUUCUUUGACAUAUUUCUCCUGGCCCUGUUUCGGUUCGUGGUGCUGCUCCUGGGCUACGCCGUCAUCCGCCUGCGCCACUGGUGGGUCAUCGCGGUCACCACACUGGUCUCCAGUGCCUUCCUGAUUGUGAAGGUCAUCCUCUCCGAGCUUCUGACCAAAGGGGCUUUUGGCUACUUGCUUCCCAUCGUCUCGUUUGUCAUUGCCUGGCUGGAGACCUGGUUCCUGGAUUUUAAAGUCCUCACUCAGGAAGCAGAAGAGGAGCGAUGGUACCUGGCAGCCCAGGCUGCGGCCUCACGGCCCCUGCUCUACCCCCGGGCCCUCUCUGAGGGGCAGUUCUACUCCCCCCCUGAGUCCUUUGCAGGGUCAGACAAUGAGUCGGAUGAGGAAGGCACAGGGAGGAAGCCCUUGACAGCUCAGGAAAAGGAGUAUGUCCGGCAAGGCAAGGAGGCCAUGGAGGUCGUGGACCAAAUCCUCGCCCAGGAGGAGAACUGGAAGUUCGAGAAAAACAAUGCAAGUGUGGACUUUGGUGAUGUUGUUUACACUUUUGAAAUCCCUUUCCACGGCAAGACCUUUAUUCUAAAGGCUUUCCUGCAGUGCUCUCCCGAGCUGGUUUACCAGGAGGUGAUUCUCCAGCCGGAGAAGAUGAUCCUGUGGAACAGAACGGUGGCAGCGUGCCAGAUCUUGCAGCGGAUCGAGGACAACACGAUUGUCUCGUACGACGUGGCGGCCGGAGCUGCCGGAGGGGUGGUUUCCCCAAGGGAUUUCGUGAACGUGCGUCGGAUCGAGAGGAGAAGGGACAGGUACGUUUCCUCAGGGAUAUCGACCACGCACAGCCUGAAGCCUCCUCUCUCCAAGUACGUCAGGGGUGAGAAUGGACCCGGAGGAUUCAUCGUCCUCAAGUGUCCCAGCAACCCCAGGGUCUGCACCUUCAUCUGGAUUCUCAACACGGAUCUGAAGGGUCGGCUGCCGCGGUACCUGAUCCACCAGAGCCUGGCUGCCACCAUGUUCGAGUUCGCCUUCCACCUGCGCCAGCGCAUGGCCGAGCUCUGCUCCAAGCCCUGAGGACAUUCCACAGCCCUCUCUGCUCCAGAGGGGGGGACAGGACCCUACACCCCCUCCCCAGGGAGAGGACCCCCUGCUGCCAGCACUGGGCUGACCCCGGGCAGGGGGCUCAGCUCCUCCUGCCCCCUCGUUGGAGCCCUGGAACCACUGACUGUUAUGUGCCAAACCCCUGCUCUGCCCUUCUCUGGGGCUGGGAUGACCCCCCCCUGCCCCACACAGGGCAGGUGUGACCCCCCCCACCCCACACAGGGGGUGGGAGCUCAGCUGUGACCCCCAAAUUCCUGU